GAAGAACUCAUGACACUUGUCAUGUCAUUGACCGCGGGCGGCAUGGCUGGCCAAUCACCCAUGCCUGUUCAGCCUCAAAACGGAUACCAGGAGGGUAAUCAGGGAUGGGCAGCUGGUCCGACGUCUCAAAACGGAAAUUGGCAAGGGACAAGAGGCGGAGGCCACUUUCCUCGAGGUGGACGCGGUGGCUACAUGUACGGCAGUGGCCGAGAAGAACAGGGACAGUGGGGCUACCAAAUGAACGAACAGGCUUCAGACGCUAUCGUUCUCGGGGGCGAUACUGAUCCAGUGCCGCUCCCGGAGAGCGAUACGGAAACAGGGAUUGGAGGAGUUCCAGCAGGUCGUAUGCAGCGAGUGGGAGACAGAUGGAUGUUUGUACGAGCAGGUGGAGGCUCGUGAUGGUGACGCGGUAGGGCUGUACACCAGUGCAGUACGCCAUUUUCUCGCACAGAUUAAUGCAUAGUCAAUAUCGGCUUUGACAUACCUC